AUUACGAUAAUAUAAUUCAUACGCAUAUAACAGCACUUGUCUCGUGCGUAUCAAAUUAUCUACCAUCGCGUCCGGUGCUGCAUCGACGUUUGUUCUUCCCCUGCUCCGCCGUUCGUAAGCCGUCGGUUCAUUAUCGGUGUCCGCGUCGGCGGCGCGUAUGGAUCAUAUCGCGUUUUGCGCACGCGCGGACCUGUCGAUUUUUGUGCGUGCGUGAUAAUGUAAACUGUUCCGCACAAGUACAAUUUGCUUAUAUUAUUAUUAUUUUUGUAAUUAUUUUUGUGGCGUCUGUCGUCGACGUUCUGCUUAUAUUAAGUUUGAAUACGAAACCGAAGGUAAAAACAUUCCGACAACUGUGUUCCGCUCGUGUUCGCGUUGUGUGUUUGUGCUUUUUCCCCUCAAAUUAAAUCGUUCGAUUUAAAUCCGUGUUCUAUCAAUGGAUGAAGAUUCAAUUAGUGUCCAUGGGUCUACAGCUGAUUCCAUUGAAGCAUUUGAUGAUCUACAAGUGCUUGAUGAAAUUACUGAAGAAACUGAUAAUAUUAUUGAAGGAGACGAACCGUUGGAUGAAGAAUUUGAUACAAGAAGCGAAGCCAGUUCUAGUUCUAUAGAUGCCACAUCAACAAGAAAUAAGGUGAACACAGAAAGAUACAUAAGAAUUGAUGAAGAUUCAACACCGAAAAAAAAACCAUCUGAAAAAUAUUUAUCUCAACUGAAAUUCUUAUUUAAAGAAGCUCGAUUUUUUAUCAUUAAAAGUAAUAAUCAUGAAAAUAUUGAAUUAGCUAAAAUUAAAAACUGCUGGUCUACUCGACCUUGGAAUGAGACCAAGUUGAAUCAAGCUUUUAGAACUUGUAAGAAUGUCAUUUUAAUAUUUUCAGUCAAGGAAAGUGGAAAAUUUGCAGGGUUUGCUAGAAUUUCUGAAGCAGCUAGAUAUGAUUUGUCUCCGGUUGGUUGGGUACUUCUUGGAGGUCGCAAUUUGUCCGGUGUAUUCAAAGUCGACUGGAUUUCAACUAAAGAGUUAGAAUUUAGUGACACGUCCCAUUUAUAUAAUACAUACAAUGAAGGAAAAACUGUAAAAAUUGCUCGUGAUGGUCAAGAAGUUGACCCAAGAACUGGUUUACUACUGUGUUCUAUGUUUCAAGAAGAUGAAUCAAUUAAUUUUCAGUACAUUUUAAAAAAAUCUAAAAACCAUCAGCCAUCAAUUAGUACUGCUGAAUUACGACAGCGACGUCGAGUGCUUGGCUUACCAGAUGAAGGUCCAACAAGUAAAGAAUAUAUACAAUCAUAUCGUCUUGGUAUACCACAUAAACAAUCAAGGAUGUUAUCCCACCCAUAUUAUGUACGCCCACCCUUAUAUCCAUCAUACCAAUAUAAUUUGAAUGGAUCACAGAUGGUACAACAUUAUGAUAUGCAACUGCCAUCUUUUCGAGUUCCAGUACAAUUACCAGAAACGUAUGCCAGACCAAUAGAAGAAUACUAUAAAAGAAAUAGAUUAGUUAAUAUCAGAGAACAUCAUUCAAAUCAUAGGCGUGAAAAAGAGCGCCAUGCUUAUAGACAUCGUUAUCAUUAAAAAUGAAUUACACAAAAGAUCCUCCUUAGAUUACUAAUUUUAAAAUAUUAGUAUACAAUUUACU